AUGCCUGCUCUAUGUUUGCUCUGUCUUGCUGCGGCGCUUGCCGUCUUCACACGGCUGGCCGGUUCCGUGGGGCCGGUGAUUCGGUGCGAACCGUGUGACGCUGCAGCGCUCCUGCAGUGCAAGACUUUGCCCAAAGAGUGCGUGGAGCUGGUGAAGGAGCCCGGCUGCGGCUGCUGCAUGACGUGCGCCCUGGGCCAGGGACAGGCGUGUGGAGUCUAUACAUCGCGCUGCGGCUCCGGCUUGAGCUGCCAGCAUCAGCCGGGAGAAAGCAAACCACUGCAGGCUUUACUGGAGGGACGAGGGCUGUGCUCUUCCACUGCUUCCAAAAAACUCAACAGUUUUUUGGUGCCAGCUCCUAAACAAGAGAGUAUUGGAAAUCAAGUUGAAGACGGUUCAGCCAACGCCACGGCCUCCAUCAGCGUGCUGCCCAGUUUAGUGAAGGGUGGUCACAGUCGGGCGCCAGCGGACACCAGGCCCUCAGUUCACAAGCUGUUUCAGAAAGAUCUCAACAAGAAAACUCAAAGCUACAAGGUGGAGUCUGUGUCCGGAGGAGCCAACAUGGACAUGCACAACUUCUCUCUGGAGAACAAGAGGGAGACUGAGUAUGGGCCUUGCCGACGAGAGAUGGAGAGCAUCCUGAACAGCCUCAAAAUCAGCAACAUCCUCAUCCCGGGAGGCUUCCGCAUUCCCAACUGUGACAGAAAAGGAUUCUACAAGAAAAAACAGUGCCGCCCAUCCAAAGGACGGAGGAGAGGCUAUUGCUGGUGCGUGGACAAAUAUGGACAGCCACUACCUGGGUUUGACCGAAGAGAGAGAGGAGAGACCCAGUGCUACAACAUGGAGAGCAAAUGA